CUUCUUCAGUGUGGCGGGUGGGGAGAAUUCAUUUUUUUUUUCAUUUUCUGCCUCCGCGCGGGCAGGACGUGCAGCCUGACGCGUCUCCCUGGGUGGCGGGACCUGGAUAUGAAGAAAGUUGCGGUUAAGAGAAUUCUGGACUGACAAGGUUGACAGAUGUGUUUUGCUAAUGGGUGUGAGUAAACUAGAUGUCUUAUACAGGCGCCUACUUCUCACUAAGCUUUUUAUUCAAGGAUGGGGAAGACCAGAAGACUUGAAAAGAAUAUUUGCAUUCAGAAAGAUUAUUGGAAACAGAGAAAAAUGUCAAAAUCUGGUUUCAAGAGACUAUCCAGUGCACAUCAACAAGGUUGAAGAGCAGUCAGACUGUAAGAUCCUUGAUGGACAGUUCAUUUCCCCCUUGGCUCAUUAUGUUCCAGAUAUCAUGCCACCAGAAUCCAUCACAGCAAGGUUUCAGUUUUUAGUACCCAAGCUAUGGAACAGCAAACACAGACCAGUGUGCAUUCAUUUAGCAGGCACUGGCGACCAUUAUUUUUGGAGACGACGCACGUUAAUGGCCCGUCCAAUGAUCAAAGAGGCCUGCAUGGCUUCACUGUUGUUAGAAAACCCUUAUUAUGGAUGCAGAAAACCCAAGGAUCAGUUAAGAUCAUGUCUGAAAAAUGUCUCUGACCUGUUUGUCAUGGGAGGAGCUCUUGUGCUAGAAUCAGCUGUUCUUCUGCACUGGUUAGAAAGAGAAGGCUAUGGACCCCUUGGGAUGACAGGAAUAUCCAUGGGAGGACAUAUGGCAUCUUUAGCAGUGUCAAACUGGCCUAAACCGUUGCCACUAGUUCCUUGUCUCUCCUGGUCUACAGCAUCUGGUGUUUUUACUACGGGUGUACUGAGCAAGGCAGUGAACUGGAGACAGCUUGAGAAACAGUAUUAUUCAGAGAGUGUUUAUGAAGAAGAGAUCAUUCAAAUGCUUGAAUAUUGUGGAACAGAUUCAUUCAAGAUGGGACAAGACUUUGUUAAAAAUUCUCCUGGCAGUGUGGACAGUUUAAGCAAUCUGGAUCUGCAUUCCGGUAUGCUGAACCUGGAUACCAGAAGCAAAGUUCUAUCUUCGGAAACUGGUCACUGCCUUAGCAGUAGCAGAACUACUCUAAGUACCUCAGCGGAAGGACUGUUAGUGCAAGAGGCAUCAAAAAUGCAGUGCAUAAACCAGACGUUUUCAACCAGCAGCAGUAGCAAUAAGGAUUUUACCAGUAAUCAGAAGGAUCUGAUAAGUGGAAAAAGUGGAAAAAGUGACAGUUUACAAAGAGAAUCUUUAAGAUUCAUGAAAGGGGUGAUGGACGAAUGUACUCAUGUAGCUAAUUUUUCAGUUCCAGUUGAUCCAACACUGAUCAUAGUAGUUCAAGCCAAGGAGGAUGCUUAUGUUCCAAGAACUGGUGUACGUAGCCUUCAAGAAAUAUGGCCUGGAUGUGAAAUCAGAUACUUGGAAGGAGGUCAUGUUAGUGCAUACCUCUUCAAACAAGGAUUGUUCAGACAAGCUAUAUAUGAUGCCUUUGAACGUUUCCUCCAGAAAUAUGCUGUAUAGCUCUGUCCUUUGGAACUGCUCUAUAUAGACUUGUUCUGAGCUCUUUUUUACAUGGAUCAUCAUGUUGACUUCAUGUGGAGAACAAGUCAGACAUAAGUUCAGUUAAGUCACCAAUUGGACAUUAAAUUGAACUUGGCAUUAUAUCAGAAUGAAAUCAACCAGUUUCAAACUUGCACCAGUCAUGCCAAUAACAAUUUUAGCACAAUUUCUUAAUACAGGUAAUGUCUGUCUAAAGAAUAGACUGAUUUUUAAGACUAUUGUUAUUUCGAGAGUACACUUAUCCUUUGAAGAAAGACCAAUACAGGCUGCUUAAAUUUGGUUUAUGUAAAUUUUAGCAUAAGUUUCACACUCCAGGUUGUCACUAGGACUAGGAAUUUAAAAAUUCCUUCAGGGAGACCAACUGGACUCUCAAUAAUGAGCUCAACUUGAAAAGUUUAUUCAUAAUAAAAAUUAUUAAGAUGGCCUAUGCAGACUCUGCGGAGUAGGCAGCUACAUACAACCCACAAUCUUCAGUGUUCCCUGACCCUAUUUCAACUUCAGUUGGAAGAACAAAGUUUGCACGUUACUUUCCUGCACCUCAUAAUUGGUUCUUUAAAACUAUUUGUCCACCUUUAAUCAUUUAAAGCAGCAUGCCAAGUGUGUUCUUAUUUUAAAAUGGAGGGAGGAGGUGUGUACUUCUGUUGAGGAAUCAUAAAAUGUUAAUUGACUGAAUUGUUACACCUGAAAUGAAAAUAAAGUACAAAUCCUUCUGUAUAUGUUGCAUGUUUAAUGUUGGUUUUCUUACAAACUAUUUUGCAUCAUGUUGCAGUAAAGAGGGAUUAACUUCAUUUGGAUCCUACCCAAUAUUGUAGUUAAUUCCGCUUUAGUUCCAUUGAAAUCAAUGGGACAAGUUAGUCAAGACUAAGUUAACUCUCAGUAUUUUUAAUGGGAUGAAAGUGGCCAUCUUCAUUUGGAUCCAAUCCUUAUUAUCCCCAGCGUUCCCCAUGCUGCCUCCCACACAGUUCCACAAGGUCCCCCAACACUCCAGAACAGCCUUCAAUGGGGCUGCUGUGUUUCAGGGAGCAGGACUUGGUGAAAAUAAAUCCCCCUAUUAUUCAGUGGAUGCAUCCUAUGACUUGAGCUAGGUUCACAGAAGCUCUUCAUCUUACCCAUUGUAUUUUCUUUCAUAUUAUAUGGAAGUUAGUAUGUGCUGUUGAAUUUGAUAAAAUAUUAUUGUGUCUGAAUCCAAUAAAGUUAUAACUUCUGCUCACACAAUUUCUCUUUCCCUCCACCCCAAAUCUGCUAGAGGGUUGGGGGGAAACUCGGAGGAGAUUGGGGUUCUGUUGUGUGAGUGGAAGUUGUUAAACCCAUGCAGUGACUUAGUUGGAUACAAUGCUCUAAGUGCAACUGGAUUGUGCUGAAUAAUUAAAGAUGAAGUCAGCCCACUUAUCUAGGAAUAGGUCCCAUUGAAUUUGGACAUGUUUAGUACACCUGCAUAAGAUUGUACGUACUAGAAUAAUUUUUGAAGAGCAAAGUCUGUUGAAGAGGAAGUUCAUUAAAAGUACCAAAACUUAAG